AAUUCCGAAGCAAAAUUAAUUGAUGUUUAAGUUGGGUAUAAUUUGGCCUGGUCCAAUUGAAGUCUGAGCCUGAGGAUGAAUCCUUCUAGAUCUGACACAAUGUCAACGAAAUGAGCAAAUGGUAGAAAAACGGCGCUGUCAGUUUCGGCUAUGCUAAAAGCUCUUGCUUCGCUUCCUCAUUCACUCUCUGCAACUAGUGUUGCGAGGAAAAUGAGCACAUCACCAACACCAAUGUCAUAUCCCAAAUUCAUUUCAGUUGAAGGCGUCGAUAUACAUUCCCGAACUAAACCUGAUGGCUUGAGAUUCAGCCUUGUCUCCUAUAACAUUUUGGCUCAGGUUUAUGUGAAGAGCUCUUUUUUCCCAUACUCACCUCCUUCGUCUCUCAAAUGGAAAUAUCGUUCAAACUCGAUUUUAGAUGUUCUCAAGAACUUGGGAGCUGAUUUUUUCUGCCUACAGGAAGUUGACGAGUUUGAUAGCUUUUACAAAGGAAAGAUGCAGGAGCUGGGAUAUUCUUCUAUUUAUAUGAAGAGAAGUGGAGAGAAAAAGCGUGAUGGGUGUGGCAUAUUUUACAAGCAUGACCGUGCAGAGUUGCUCUUGGAGGAAAAAAUUGAAUACAAUGAUCUUGUAAAGACAAUUCAAGAUGAGAACUCUUCAAAUGGUGAUGAACAAAACAAUGUCCAGACAACCCAGCCAGAUAAACAAAAGGAUGAUGCGACCAAAGCUGGACCUACAUCGGGUACAGUAGAUCGUGGAGAUCCUAAUGAUCCUCAUGUGAGACUAAAGCGUGAUUGUGUUGGAAUUCUGGCUGCAUUUAAAUUCAAUGGUCCUUCUCAACAAUUUCUUAUUGUAGCCAACACACAUAUUUAUUGGGAUCCUGAGUGGGCUGAUGUCAAAAUUGCACAAGUUAAAUAUCUUCUAUCUCGCUUGUCACAAUUUAAAACACUGGUAUCAGAUAGAUACGAAUGCAAGCCUGAAGUGAUUGUGGCCGGUGACUUCAACUCUCAGCCAGGAGAUCCGGUUUAUCGGUAUCUCAUAUCAGGCAACCCUUCAUCAGAACUGAUUACUGAUUGUAUAGAGGAACAUCCAAUUCCUCUAAGUAGUGUCUAUGCUUCUACAAGAGGAGAACCGCCAUUUACAAACUACACACCUGGCUUCACCGGAACGCUUGAUUAUAUAUUAUUUUGCCCCUCUGACCACAUGAAACCAAUUAGCUAUCUCGAGCUUCCAGAUUCUGAAGCAGCUGAUAUUGUUGGUGGACUUCCAAACUUGAGUCAUCCAAGUGAUCAUUUACCAAUUGGUGCUGAAUUUGAAAUCAUCAAGGAAUAAAUAUUGCAUCGCAAGUGCUAUUUGAGCUCAGUUUUUCAUGAAACCCUUCGUCAAUCUUGAAAUAAGAUGCACAGGAGCAAGAAUAUGGGAUCAAGUGCACUAUGAGUAUUAUCAUGUUCAUGAUAUUGACGAGUAGAAGGCAAAAUGUCACCAAAAAGCAAAUGGUGUAGGUUAUUUUGUUCCUUGUUGAAAAUUUCUUAGGAUUCAUUUCUUAGUUCUUACCUCUGAUAAAUUUGCAGCUGAAUCUUUUUGAAGAAUGAAAAUGGUUAUAUUGUCAAAUUUGACAGUUUAAAAUUUUUGUUAUCCUCUGAUUCAUGUAACUUAUAUCUCAUUGAUUUUAGACUAUAAACUCUGCUGUGUAUUAUUUUGGGAGCAAACACAUUAUUGGAUUCAAUAAAUGCUCUUUCUAA